CCACGCACAAACUGCUGACACUGAGCUGCCGGUUUGCAUUUGCGAUUGUAAUGUUGGCAAAUCAUGAAAGUCAAAUUCUCUAUAAGAAUGUCCGCGUAGAAAACAGGAAAGGCGAUUUCGAGGGCGUUACUGAUUGGAAAGGAAGACUCCAAACUCCGCCUUUGAAGGUGGGGAGGGGAAGGGUUUGUUGAGACUGCGUAGAACAGGUAAGAAUGAAGUACCCCGGCUCUCACGAACACGUCAGUGGACUGAGAUAGAUUUUUUUUUGGUGGAGAAAUUGUUGAGUUGUUGAAAACAUGGCUCCAAUCCGGGAUACAUCCAUAUUGACGCGAAAAGUGAUGGUUCUUUUAACUUCCUACCUCCAUUGCUGAUGGCUCCUCUGCAACGCAUCGAGUUUCCCACCUGCCGGCGAAUUGAAGCUAAAGAACUUGCAUCGACUCGGAAACUUCCUCUUCGAAGAUAGCAGCCAUGGCCUCUGACGACAGAGUGGCUAUACUAACUGAUGAUGAGGAGGAGCCGAAGAGGAAGCAUGGACUGUCCGAACAUUUUGGCGCCCUUUCCCUUAAACUGCACCCGGAUCCGCCACCCCCCGCCCCACAGGUGGGCACGGACCCUCUGCCGCCUGCCACUGUUCCCCCCUCUCAGUCCCUGGACCUGGGCUGCUGUGAGAGGACGUGCCUGAGGAUCAACCGGCGCCUCCUGGUCUCUAAGAUCUUCUACUUCUUCUUCUACGCCGCCUACGGCUCGCUGCACCCCCUCCUGCCCGUCUACUACAAGCAGCUGGGCAUGACGCCAAGCCACAGCGGGCUGCUGGUGGGCAUCCGCUACUUCAUCGAGUUUUGCAGCGCCCCCUUCUGGGGGGUCGUGGCGGACCGCUACCGCCAGGGCAAGGCCGUGCUGCUGUUCUCCGUCCUGUGCUGGCUGGUGUUCAACUGCGGCAUCAGCUUCUCCCAUCCGGCACACAUGACCUGCUCAGGGGUGCUGGUUACGACCACCACACCCCCGCUGGCCAACAUCACGGUGCCCGGCAACCCCACCGACGAGAUGGACCUCACGACGAUGGCUGCACCACCUGCGCCAGGCAACGUCACGCCAGGCAACGUCACGCCAGGCAACAUCACGCCAGGCAACAUUAGCUCAGGCAAUCUCACCAGGUCACGGCGGGAUUUGUUGGAGGAGGACUGGCCUUAUCGUUUCAGUGAUUCUCAGACUGAGUAUGGCGCCCCACACAGGAUCAAACGAGACGCCAACCUCACCAGUUUGGAUGAAACGGUGGACGGCACACCAGCAAACAGCUCUGACGUUGCACCCAACAAUGACACAGCCUCGCCUUCAGCCUUUAAUGACACGAUGACCACAGCUCCGAUAACGACGACGACGACGACCGCCCCUACCACCACCCCCAUCACAACAACCGCGCCAGCUCCCACAAGGCCCAUAAUCAUUUACGACCAAGAACAGGUGGAGGCCAUCUUCCUAACGAUCCUGCUGGUGGUGAUCGUGGGUGAGUUCUUCAGUGCGCCGGCCGUCACCAUCGUGGACACGGUGACCCUGCAGAACCUGGGCCGCCACCGCGACCGCUACGGGCUCCAAAGGAUGUGGGGCUCGCUGGGCUGGGGCCUGGCCAUGCUGUGCGUGGGCAUAUGGAUCGACCACACGCACAUCAGCAUCCCCAUCGAGGGCGUGGGCUGCACGGAGCCGGAGUAUAAAAACUACAACAUCGCCUUCAUCGUGUUCGGGGUGCUCAUGGGCUUGGCCUUCCUGGUGGGGACCCAGUUUCAGUUCAACAGCCCGGAGUAUCGACCGGAGGACCAGCAGCCGACUGAGGUCGAGAUGCCCCAGGUCGCCCGCAACGUCCCCGAUUCCGCCGACGGGGAUGCACCGCAGGCGGCUUCGGCAUCCCCAACCACGUUCCACUACUCGGACCUGAUCCGGAUGCUGUGUAGCGUGCGGUACGGCACGGUGCUGUUCGUGGCCUGGUUCAUGGGCUUCGGCUACGGCUUCGUGUUCACCUUCUUGUAUUGGCACCUGGAGGACCUGAAGGGCACCACCACCCUGUUCGGAGUCUGCUCCAUCCUCAGCCACAUCUCCGAGCUCGCCGCCUACUUCACCAGCCACAAGCUCAUCGAGCUCAUCGGACACAUCAGGGUACUGUACAUCGGCCUGGCCUGCAACACGGCACGCUACCUGUACAUCUCAUACCUGGAGAACGCCUGGAUCGUGCUGCCCAUGGAGGUGCUGCAAGGUGUGACCCAUGCAGCAGUGUGGGCGGCGUGCAUCUCCUACCUGAGCGCCGCGGUGCCCCCCGCCCUCCGCACCUCCGCCCAGGGCAUCCUGCAGGGCCUCCACCUGGGGCUGGGGCGGGGCUGCGGAGCCAUGGUGGGCGGAGUCUUUGUCAACUACUUCGGUGCGGCGGAGACGUUCCGUGGCGUGGGCAUGACCUCUCUGGUCAUCCUGCUCAUCUUCGCCCUCAUCCAGUGCCUGAUCGACCGCAACGAGCGCGGCGCCGGCGGCUUCGGCACGGGGGGCAAGGACCGCAUGCUGGCCGAGAACAUUCCGGUGCCCUCCAGCCCCGUGCCCAUCGCCACCAUCGACCUGGCGCAGGACAAAACGGACCCCGAGACACCGCAGCCCGAGCACCGGCUGCCGCCACGCAAGACCAAGCACCAGGAGGAGCAGGAGGACGUCAGCAAACCCGCCUGGGUGAUCUCAGGGUCCCCGUUGGUCACCAUCGCCUUCGCCAUCUACCAGAUCCAGGAGAUGGUCGCCAUGGCGAGGAGAAGCCCUCCAACAGAGACACAGCCACUGCAGGACACACUUGAGGUCCCAGAGGAGACUGUGCAGGACGACCCAGCCAACCCUCAGGAGCAGCAGCAGCGGCCCCCGGGGCCCAGGGGAGGGGUCCCCGAAACCAGAGGGGUCCCCCAGGAACCUGCAGAGCCCCAGUGGGACCCUGUCCUGGAUCAGUCCCCGUCUGUUGAACAUUCUGCCCCUCUGCCGGGCAACUUCGAGCUCCCCUCCCCUCCCACCGUCAUCCUACCCCAUCUCUAUACUCAGUGAAGGAUGAGGCUCCGGGACCUGCCAGAGUCGUGCGGCCGAUCUGGGCCACUCUCUCCUGUGCUCUGCGUUUGCACUUGAACGUGACCUUGGCCUUGACCUUGACCUUGACCUUGAACUUGAACUUGGCGUCAUGUUGAGGAGGAUCUUCCUUGAAGUGGAGUCUGAUGGAGGGCAGA